AUGCCGCAAAAAUUCAACUUUGCGGUUGAUGUAAUCGACAAAUGGGCAGAUCAACAGGAUGAUUUGCAGGCCAUGCACUGGGUAUCGCAAGACGAAUCGAAUACCAGGCACAUGACCUUCAAAUACUUUUCCAAGCAAUCCCAUAGGAUUGCUCUCCUCCUUGAUCAAUUGGGGUUCGGGAAAGGGGAUACUAUGACGAUGGUUCUCCCAAGAGUGCCUGCAUGGUGGGAGAUCGCGCUUGCGGCCAUUCGCAGCGGAAUCAUUCUGUCACCAGGGCCGAAUCUCCUGACCGAGAAGGAGAUUCAAUACCGGUGCAAUAAAACCAAAUCGAGACUGUUUUUCGGCGACGAAACGAGCGUGUCGAAGUUUCUUGCCGUGCGCCAAUAUUGUCCGACAGUUAAGCAUAUCAUACGAGUCGGAGAUGGUACUAGGAGUCAAGACGUUUCUUCUCUGUAUGCCGCACUGGAGGAGAUCGAGACUCAUGCCAGAUUCGACUCGGUGUAUCAAGAAUGGAGCAGUCCAGCCAUGAUCUAUUUCACUUCUGGAACGUCUGGUCACCCGAAGAUGGUAAGACAUAACCAGGUCAUGCUCUCUCUAGGUAAGGUUCCGAGCACUUUGCAUCUGAGUUGGGCAAAGGCUGCAUGGUCUUUCUUCGGAGCUUGGAACUCUGGCGCAACGCUCUUCGUGCACGAUGAUCGUGGAGCGUUCAGUGCAAAGCGCACCGUGGAUAUACUGUGCCGGUACCCGAUAACUACCCUAUGCGCCGCUCCGCUUAUCUUUCGACAACUCGUGUCACCCGAACUAGAAGACCACUUCAAGCGAAACCCUCCCGCUGCGCUAGCUCAUUGUACAACGGCUGGAGAAGCGCUGAACGCUAUAGUCACCCAGCGAUGGCGUCAACUUACCGGUCUCGACAUCUACGAAGGAUAUGGCCAAACAGAAACCGCAUUAUUAUGUGCCAAUCUGAAAGGCUCCACGAUCCGCCCAGGCUCCAUGGGGAAACCAGCACCUGGAGUGCCUCUCCACAUCAUAACGGCAACCGGAGUGGAGGCUGCGCAUAACGAGGAAGGAGAUAUAGCAGUGCUGUUGAGUGACCGGAAGGGCAGCAGUAACUUCUUUGGUAUCUUCGAUGGCUAUGUGCAGGAAGAUAAUACGUGCACCCGGAAUGAAAAAACCGUUACGGUGGAUGGGGAAGUCAAGUCCUACUACCUAACCGGUGACAGAGCAACUCGUGAUCAAGAUGGCUACUUCUGGUUUGUGGGGCGAGCGGAUGAUGUUAUCAACUCCUCUGGAUACCGAAUAGGUCCUUUUGAAGUAGAAUCCACGCUCAAGCUACACCCUGCCGUCGCAGAAGCUGCCGUCGUAUCCUCGCCAGAUCCAGAAAGAGGAGAAGUCGUGAAGGCAUUUGUCGUUCGUGCGACAGAGUACGAGAAUACUCCACCUCAAGAACUUGAACAGGAGCUGCAAACGUUCUGCAAGAAGAAUGCAGCACCAUACAAAUAUCCACGAAAACUGGAGUUUGUAGAAGGCAGUUUUCUCCCUAGGACUACGAGCGGCAAGAUUCAGCGGGCCUUACUCAGGAAAUCAGAAUGGCGAAAGGAAGCAGGCUCGAAACUCUAA